AUGACCGAUUGUAACGAACGACGACCGGUCAAGAGGGUGAGGGUGAAUGGAUCCUACCCCUCCGCGGAUCUUUCUGACAAUGCGGAUUCGGUUUAUGCUUCUGUUCCCCCGAACUUCGCCAGCAGGAACGCCAUGUCUGUUCUCGACGUCGUCCUCGUCAUCAUCUCCCACGUCAAGGAUAGCUCUGGCUUAUACGACGUCCUUCUCUCUCAGAACAUUACGUCUUCCGAGGAAGAGCGCGCUCGCGCUCUGGCUGCUGUCCAGUCCAUGCUGGAUCUGCGGCUCGUCAACAGGGCCUGGAGCGAAGCCAUUCUCCUCUCUCGAUCGUCUUGGGCUACAGUCCCUGCCACUUUGACGUGCCAGACGUCAUCGCUAAAGCGCGCCAUACGCCUCUCUGGGAGAGCGGCGCUGACCCUUACCUUCGAGAAGCUCCCAGACUCGGAGGUAUGGGACUUGCUUGGCGCCGAACAGGAUCGAUUGAACUCUUUGAAGCUGUCCUGCUUCUACCCUGCGGACUUCUACACGCAGAUGAACUCCUCGAAUGUGAUCAAUCACAGGCCGGCGAUGUCUGCUCUGAAAGCUCUGGAAGUCUGCGCUGCUCGCGCCCGGGAGCCUCUGGCAGACUGGAUCGAGCUACCCACUCCGAGACUCAAUACUCUGCGCCUCCGCAACUUCCCGCUCAAAGCAUCGUGCGUGUUACCACAGGCGCUUCGAGACCUGAACCUCCAGUUCGACGAUAUGAGGUAUCUCUAUGAGAUCGCUCCCGAGUACCAAAUCAGUCUGUCCGAUCUCUUGGGCGUACUUGCCGGUCUACCCUCGCUGGAGCGGCUUAAACUUGACAUACGAUACAUGCUGGAACAAGGCUCAUCCAAUGGCUGCCGCGCGAACUUCGCUCAUCUGAAGCAACUCUCAGUUCGCUCAUUCGGGCCACGAUCAUGGAACACACUCGUCUCUCGCAUCAGCUGUCCACCGUUGAAUCGCGCGCACCUCAUCCUUGACCUCCAGAGUGCAGAUGUUGGCGAAGUGGCAGACGAUCUAACCACGGCUUCGGCAAAGCUCAGUGGGCUACUCGUCGGGUCUUCGGAAGAGGGCGGUGGAUUUGCACACGUAUACAUCGAUGAACGUGGAGCACCGAUUGCGGAAGAUCCCAUCAGGCGGCACUGUCAGACUACAGUGGCUGCAGCUGUACAGGGGCGCGCCAUACCGCUAACUGACGAUUCGUUGUCAGCAACAAGCAUCGCACGCAACACUGCCUUUGGGCUCACUGUCGUCCGAGAGGCGCAUGACAAGCGGCAUCGUGACUCUUCGCCCACCUUACGCUUUAUCCUUGCGGGACUCCCUCCGUCCGACAUCGACAGCUUGACGGUCUACUGCCGCCCUGAACGCGCCCUUCAGCCAGAAGCUGGAGAAGAGGCCGGUUCCGCCAACUCGCAUGACAAUGUCGCGCUCGCGUAUGCAGACAAUUCGGUCUUCGAUCCCCUCACGUCUGCACGUCGAGUGAACUGGCUGGGAAGUGGCCGCCAGCUCGCGAAACUAUUGCGCAGGGAAGGAAUGUUUCCGGACCUGAGCUACCUCCCUCACGAGAUCCCUUCAAACGCCGAGUAUAACCUCCGGCUCGAACAUGCAGUGGAGUAUCGCAAAAGGAAGGCGUGGAAAGCAAUUCGGCUGCCGAAGGAGUGCACAGGCGCAGAGUCGAGAAGCUUGAAGAAAGCAGCGUGGAGGGCACCGCUUCUACUACCAGAGAUGGUAGCGAACAUCGCGAAGAUGUUUGACACACUUCUUGAAACAAUCGGCGAACGCGUAGUAUAG